AUGUCCACCCGCGACUACGGUCGUCCUUCCACCGACGAUCAUGGUGAGGACCGCCCUCUCCUGAACGCAGACGAUGCUGAAACUCCUUCGGAUCAAUCGCUCUGGACCCGCUUCAAGCGCCAGGUCUCUGCCACUUUUGCUCCUCUCGCCAAACCGGAGGACCUUCGUCCCUUGGAGCGAUUCCUCGUGAUUCUAUCCGUAGCUCUGCUGCUUCUCGCUGCCGUCUUCAUUGGUCUCUUUGCCGGUUCGCAGCACAAGCUUGCUCACCGUCCCGCUUCUCCUGCUCCCGUUCCCGGUCCUGGCAAUCCUAACCCGGAACCACCUGUCGGCGACAUUUGCACAACCAAAGACUGCGUUCUUGCCGCCGGCGAAGUCCUUCGCUCCAUUGACGAAACCGUCAAUCCCUGCGACGACUUUUACGCCUUCACCACCAACAACUGGCUCAAGACGCAUCCCAUCCCCGCCGAUGCUGGGCUCUUCGGCACGGGCCAGUACGUGCUCAGCGAAAACACCAAGAUCAUCCGACAGAUCCUUGCCGAUGCGCCUUCGGCCAAAGACCUCGAGCUUGCUUCUUUUGCCGAUGAGCAGGCCGAGGCCGAUCAGCGCAACCUCGCCAAACUCAAGGGCUACUUCGAAUCUUGCACCGACACCGCUGCUCAGGACAAGCUCGGCGCUCAGCCGCUAUUGGACGUACUGGAACACCUCCGCACCCUCUUCCACUCGCACAAACACGGCAGAUACGAGCAGGGCAACCCACCCAAAAGCUCGUCGCACGCCUCACUCUUCCACGUGCAGUCGGACGAGGCCGAAAAGCCCUUACCUCCGAACCAGCCUCCUGCACGCUCACCCAAGCCUCACCCGCCGCGUGAGAGCCCGCAACCCACGCCUCCCUCUUCAGAAAGGCAGAAGGGUCUCACCGAGGUCCUCGCUUGGGCCCACAGCCGCGCCCUUCCCGCUUUCUUCGAGAUCACCGUCGAUGGCGAUGCCGUCAAGGAUCCUACGGCUGCUACACCCUGGUUCUUCCCCUCGGGCCUAGGUCUGCCCGACCAGGCCUACUAUGACGACGAGGACGAGAUUGCCUUUUACAGAAAGGUGGUCUCCGAGGGUCUGCGCAACUAUGACCACGAGGCCAAACAGACUCUUGUCAGCAAAAAGAAGGGCGGCAAGAAGCACGACGACAAGCCGCGACCCGCCCUCGCUCCGCUGGCCGAUGAAGUGGUCGAGCUGGAACGCAAGCUCGCCGAGAUCACGCCGGACUCGGAAGAGGUCACCGACCCCGUCGCCUCGUACAACCCGGUCAACUCCACCAAGCUCGCCUACACAUUCUCGUCGAUCAGCUGGCCCGAUUACUUUUCGGCGCUCACCGUCCGCACUCCUGAGCGCAUCAUCCUCGCCAGUCCCAAAUUCGUCACUUCGCUUGACGCCCUCAUCUCGCGCACCAAGACCGACGUCAUCGAAGCUUACAUUGUGUGGACCGCCAUCCGCACGCUCGGCACUGCUCUGGGACCCAAUGUCAAGUUGCGUGCUGCUGCCGAGCGCCUCGACCGCUACACCAAGGGCGUCGACGACGAUGCCAAGGAGGACCGCGAGACCGUGUGCAUGGCUCAGCUUAACGCUGCGCUCGGCUUCAUGACGGGUCGCUACUUUGUCCGCGAGGCGUUCAAGGGCGACAGCAAGAAGCGCGUCGAGGAGAUCAUCUACUCGGUGAUUGCAGCUUUCAAAUCGCGACUGCCGGAACUCGACUGGCUGGACACAAAGACGCGCAAGAAGGCUGAAGAGAAGGCUGACGCCAUCCGUGUCAUGGUCGGAUACCCGAACAGCCCCAACACCACGGACGCUACGUCUGUCGCCAGCUUCUACGCCGAUCUUGAGGUGAACCCUUCGAACUACUUUGCGAACCGACUGAGCUCGUUGACGCGCAUGGCUAAGCGCGAUUGGGCGCAGGUGGGCCGUAAGCUCAACCGCGAGCUGUGGGACAUGUUCCCUGCUGAAGUCAAUGCGGAAUACUCGCCGCAAGGAAACUACAUCUUGUUCCCGGCAGGCAUCAUGCAGCCGCCAUACUUCCACGUUUCGUGGCCGUCGUAUCUGCAGCGUGGCGCGUUCGGUGCGGUAGCGGGCCACGAACUGUCGCACGCCUUUGAUCCGGAUGGAAGGCUCUACAACAAGGACGGCUAUCUGCGCGACUGGUGGACUGAGACCACGGCGCACGAGUUCCAACAGCGCCAGACCUGCCUCACUAACCAGUACCACUCGUACACCGUAUCGGACGGCAAGGGAGGCGAGCUGCAGCUGCGUUCCAACUUUACGAAAGGCGAGGAUGUCGCUGAUGCCGGUGGACUGGCGCAGAGCUACCGUGCGUGGAAGGACGAGCUGGCUGCCGGCGGUGAGACUGUUGAGGCGGCGAACGCGUUGCUGCCCGGUCUGGGCUAUACGAGGGAGCAACUGUUCUUUAUUGCCUACGGUGUCAGCUGGGCACGCAACAUUCGAGCUAGUGAGCAGGUCAAGCGCAUUCGCACUGACCCGCACAGCCCGACCAAGUAUAGGGUCAACGGUGUGCUCGUCAACUCGCCCGAGUUUGCCGAAGCGUUUGGAUGCAAGCCUGGCAAGGACAAGAUGGCCAGUACGCCUGAAGAACGUUGCAGCAUCUGGUGA